CCCUAUUUAAAAAUUAAUUUUCUUAUUGUCCAGUGAGUCUGUUCUUUUUCUUUAUAACUCCAACAAAGGUUUACCUUUGUCUCCCCUUUUCUCUCUUUUUCUCUGUAAGAUUCUCAGCUCAGGUAUUUUUGAGAAGGAACAUAGUAGUUUAUUGUUGGAACUUGUGUUGGUUUUUUGGACAAGGAACAGUUCCUAGAGGGGAGGCGUUGGAUUUGAGGUUGGAAUUUUCUAGGUUUUAUUUUGGGUUGUCAGUUUUUGAACUUGAAAGUGAAGAGCUUUGAUAGUUCUGAAAUUCGGGUUUCGGUUUUUUAUUGCUUUGUGAAGCGUAUCAUCAUGGAUCCGUCGUUGCAGGGGCUUUACAGUUCUGUUGAUAGAUUCAGAGUAAAUGAUGAUACUUUGUUAGCGAUAUCGAGCCAGAACUUUAAUAACGGGUUUAAGAAUGAAACUUUUGCUGGUAUUCCUCCUUUGCAACCUGCUACGAUUCCGAUAAAUUUGCGGCCUUCUGCAAGUGUGAACGAGCCCGAGGAUUAUGACUUUAGUGACUUAGUUCUUAAGUACAUAAGUGAGAUGUUAAUGGAAGAAGAUAUGGAAGAUAAGACCUGCAUGUUUAAAGAGUCUUCAGCAGCCCUUCAAGCUGCCGAGAAAUCAUUUUAUGAGGUUCUCGGAGAACAGUAUCCACCUUCUCUGGAACCCGAAUUGAAAUAUCAAAACCAUGAAAGCUCGAAUGAACUUCAUGGUCAUAGUUGUUGCAGUUGUAGUAGUGCUGACGGUAACUUACUCAAUCUUCCGUCCAACUAUGAUUUAGGCAUGCAAAUGUCUUUAAACUACAGUUCUCAGGCCAAUUCAUCCCAUAGUUCCGGGAACAGUGCUGGUAGUCUCGUAGAUGGCUUUACAGAUUCUCCGGUGAGUACUCCCCGGCUUCCUGAAAUAUUUGGUGAUAGUGAGUCAGUCAUUCAAUUCAGAAAAGGGUUUGAGGAAGCAAGUAGGUUCCUUCCGAAUCGUGGAAACUUGUUUGUCGAUGUAGAGAGUGACGGACUGUUUCUCAAAGAGGUGAAGGAAGAGGCUAAAAGUGUGGUAGAGAAGGUGGAAAAUGAGUUAUUGCAGGACGGAUCGAGGGGAAAGAAGAAGCCUUAUCCCGAGGAUGUGAAUUUAUACAACGGCAGGAGUAACAAGCAGUCGUUGGUUUAUACUGAAUCCACUGUAAGCCCGGAAAUGUUUGAUACAGUGUUACUGAAUUGUCAAAGCGUAGCCGACCUUCAAAAAGUUUUGCAACACGAAACAAACAAGAAUGUGCAACAGAACGGACAGUCAAAAGGACCUACAGGUGGGAAGGCACGUGCGAAGAAAGGUAAACGGAAUGUGGUGGAUUUGAGGACUCUGUUGACUCUUUGUGCACAAGCUGUUGCGACCGAUGAUCGGAGGAGUGCAAAUGAGCUGCUGAAGCAAAUCAGGCAGCAUUCUUCGCCUAUGGGUGAUGGGAUGCAACGGUUGGCCCACUAUUUUGUCGAUGGUCUAGAGGCACGCUUAGCUGGCUCCGGGACCCAGAGUUACAAUCCUGUUGUCACGAGACCGACAUCAGCUGCUAACAUUUUGAAAGCUUACCAUCUGUUUCUUGCUGCAUGCCCUUUUAGGAAGCUCUCGAAUUUCUUCUCAGAUACGACGAUAAUGAAUCUUGCGGAAAAUGCAGCUAGGCUUCAUAUUAUUGACUUCGGUAUUCUAUAUGGCUUCCAAUGGCCUUGUCUUAUACGGCGUCUCUCAUCUAGACCGGGGGGACCGCCUAAACUAAAGAUCACAGGGAUCGAUCUUCCGCAACCUGGUUUCCGGCCAGCAGAAAGGGUUGAGGAGACAGGGCGUCGUCUUGCGAACUAUGCUGAGACUUUCAAAGUUCCGUUCGAGUUCGAUGCAAUUGCACAAAAAUGGGACACCAUUCAGAUCGAGGACAUAAAGAUUGAAAGUGGUGAAGUGCUUAUUGUAAACUGCAUUUACAGGCUUCGGAAUCUGCUCGAUGAGACUGUGGUUGUGGAGAGUCCGAGGAAUAAAGUUCUGAACUUGAUGAGGAAAUUGCAUCCCGAUGUUUUCAUACUAGGGAUCGUGAACGGCGCCUACAGUGCUCCAUUCUUUAUUACGAGAUUCAGGGAGGCUCUCUUCCACUAUUCCACUUUAUUCGAUAUGCUCGAGACUAAUGUGCCCCGUGAAAUUCCGGAACGGAUGCUAAUCGAGAGAGAGAUAUUUGGGUGGGAGGCAAUGAAUGUCAUUGCAUGCGAAGGUGCUGAAAGAAUCGAGAGGCCCGAGACAUACAAGCAAUGGCAGGUUCGGAAUACAAGGGCCGGGUUCAGACAGUUGCCACUGGAUAAGGAGAUGAUGAAGACGGCAAAGGAGAGAGUCAAUACAAACUACCACAAGGACUUUGUAAUCGACGAGGAUAACCAUUGGUUGCUUCAAGGGUGGAAGGGACGGAUUGUUUAUGCACACUCGUGUUGGGUGCCUGUCUCAUAACCGCAUACUUUUGAACUACUCAAGGAAAGGCAAAGUCUUGCAAAAUCAGCUGCAGCCUUUUUGAUGGUUACGAUCCAGUGAUGGAUUUCACAUAGACGGAGAUAAGGUUAGGUUACGUAAGAUCAUUGCUGGUGCUUAUUCUCAUGCUGUUAGAGACUGAAAUGCAACAUGUACCAUAUCAUUUCGGCGGUUACCUUAUGGCUGGAGGUCAUUGCAUUGAUGCGCAUAACACGUAAAAUGUAUCCGGGAAUAACGGCAGCAACGGUAACGCAAAUUCUUAACGAAACAGAUACGUAAUUAUAUUAAAACCUAGCUGUUUAAGGGAAUGGUAAUGAUAUUUAAGUAUGUUGUAUGCACAAAAAUAGUGAUUAUUCUGUUUGCUUCAAAGUUGUAAAUUUUAUUGUCAAGUUACUCGGACUUUGAUGGUAAGUUUCUGGUAUAUGUCUUUGAUAUGAGUAAUUUUUUUAAAAAAGAAUUAUGUAUUUGGAAGAUUUUUAAAAAUUAUUAUAAUUUUGUAUCAUAUAUGUUGAA